CUGGGUAACAUUGCCAGAACGCGGACGAACAUUUAAAAACCGAGUAUAAAUUUGACAUUUCGAAGCAAAAACAUGUUUUUAGUGCAUUUCUUGGUGCUCCUCGUGUUCAUCAAAGAGAUACAGAUAGUGCAUGGCAAAGUAGUUGGGGCUAUUUCUAAGGAAUCGAUGAUUGUACCAGACGCAUUCUGGACGUUCUCCGACUCGCACCACGAAGUAAAUGGGAGUUCCCAGGAGACUGGCUAUAUCCGGAACACAAACUUUGAUACAAACUACCCUCAAUACAGCGGACCGUCAGGUGACAGAGCUGUACAGUUUCUGGGAACGCCAUCCAGCUAUAUACAAUUUCCAAACGACCAGGGCGCGCUGAAUGGUGCGGAAUGGGGGGCUUGGUUCUUCUACAUUAACAUAGACACCGAUGUCGGUGAGGCGACCAUUCUGGAGUACGAAGGCACGUGCCCGGGAGGUCAGGGACUCAGUGUCCGGAGUGUCAAUGGAUAUUUGCACGUGCAUUUCUACUCCGCUUUCGGUGUAUACGAAACCGGAAAUAGUCAAGUAAAGCUCACGCCAGGGAUUUGGACGUACAUCGGGGUCACUUGGCAUUACCUCCAGCCUAUAGUCUACGUCAAUUACAAUGGGGUAUCUCUGCAUCCUGCUAUAGUACACAAUCUCCAGUCUGCAGACCGGAUCGAGGCUCACGGAAACGUUAAAUUUGGGGGGUCCUUUACCAGUGACACGCCUUUCCAGGGUCGGAUCGCGUGCCUGUGGUACCAGAAAGGGUACUUCUUCAAGAAAAACAAGACACCUUUGGAAUUUUGUGACCCCCAACUACGUUCUAACGCCAUGCCUCUGGAUAUAACCGACGUUGCGAUAGCCCCAGCUUCUGGUUGUUUCCCGGUCCUUGUAAAUGCGCCCCUACUCCGAAUCGAAGAAAGAUGUGAGGAGUACAUUGUCCCGCCGUAAACGUGGAGCCAGUUAACCCGACGAUUCUAUUAAACAGAAUCAUUUUAUCAACGUCAACUGUUUGUCAGAAGUCCAUUCUCUUUUCAUCAACGUCACCAUUCUGUUCGUCAGAAGUCAAAAGAGAACAUAUUGUACUGUAAUCAUUCUUAUUUCAUCAACAACGUCGCCAUUCUGUUCAUCAGAAGUCAAACGAGGACGCAUUGUACUGUAAUCAUUCUUAUUUCAUCAACAACGUCGCCAUUCUUUUCAUCAGAAGUCAAACGAGGACGCAUUGUACUGUAAUCAUUCUUAUUUCAUCAACAACGUCGCCAUUCUUUUCAUCAGAAGUCAAACGAGGACGCAUUGUACUGUAAUCAUUCUUAUUUCAUCAACAACGUCGCCAUUCUUUUCAUCAGAAGUCAAACGAGGACGCAUUGUACUGUAAUCAUUCUUAUUUCAUCAACAACGUCGCCAUUCUGUUCAUCAGAAGUCAAACGAGGACGCAUUGUACUGUAAUCAUUCUUAUUUCAUCAACAACGUCGCCAUUCUUUUCAUCAGAAGUCAAACGAGGACGCAUUGUACUGUAAUCAUUCUUAUUUCAUCAACAACGUCGCCAUUCUUUUCAUCAGAAGUCAAACGAGGACGCAUUGUACUGUAAUCAUUCUUAUUUCAUCAACAACGUCGCCAUUCUUUUCAUCAGAAGUCAAACGAGGACGCAUUGUACUGUAAUCAUUCUUAUUUCAUCAACAACGUCGCCAUUCUGUUCAUCAGAAGUCAAACGAGGACGCAUUGUACUGUAAUCAUUCUUAUUUCAUCAACAACGUCGCCAUUCUUUUCAUCAGAAGUCAAACGAGGACGCAUUGUACUGUAAUCAUUCUUAUUUCAUCAACAACGUCGCCAUUCUGUUCAUCAGAAGAUAAAUCCGGACUUUCUGUUCUGUGAAUACAUUCUUAUUUCUGAUUAAGAGUCUAAUUCAAUUUUUUCUCAAAUUCAGCUUCCGUCAUUAGACGUCUAUUCAGUCAGAAAUGAAAAUACACGGUUUCUAAGAUAGUGUAAUUAAUGCUCAUCUUAGAAUAUAAUAACUGUAAAUAGGCUCGAAUUCGCAUUGAUGUACUUGUACACAUUUGGAUCUAAAACAAAAAUUCAGUUAAAACAUGAAGGGAGACCAUAGUCUUCUUUCGACCGCCGUACCCAAGCUUCUUGGUAUUGCUGGAGAGCUAUAGUUUAAGGACAUGAUAUAGCAAAGGAACUUAUGCAGUUCAGAGAUGUAAAACAUUUGUACUUGACAAUAUUCUAUAGGAGUGUAGCGAUAUAAACUGCUUCGUGUAGCUGUUUGUCCCUCUAGGACUCGUCAAUAAAGGAGUUUAGCGGUAUAAAACUGCUUCGUGUAGCUGUGUGUCCCUCUAGGACUCGUCAAUAAAGGAGUUUAGCAGUAUAAAACUGCUUCAUGUAGCUGUUUGUCCCUCUAGGACUCGUCAAUAAAGGAGUUUAGCGGUAUAAAACUGCUUCAUGUAGCUGUUUGUCCCUCUAGGACUCGUCAGGAAAGGAGUUUAGCAGUAUAAAACUGCUUCAUGUACAUGUAGCUGUUUGUCCUUCUAGGACUCGUCAAUAAAGGAAGAACAACAACCAA